AGACACAUUUCAAAGAUGGCUCUGGCUAGUGUGUUGAACAGUGAUUGUGCGAAAUUUUCUUUUGAUAAUUGUCAACCUCUCGGCUUCGGCUGCGCGCCCGGACAGAGCGGCCUGGGCUUCGACGCCACGCCGGGAGACGGGCUCAGUUUCUCCGUUAGGAACCACCUGAGCAGCGAGGACGAUGACGUCGAGAGGAAAAUAGAGCUGCUGCACGGAACCACCACCUUGGCGUUUAAAUUCCAGCAUGGCGUCAUCGUGGCGGUGGACUCCCGGGCCACAGCGGGCAACUACAUCGCCUCGCAGACGGUGAAGAAGGUGAUCGAGAUCAACCCCUACCUGCUGGGCACCAUGGCCGGAGGAGCCGCCGACUGCAGCUUCUGGGAGCGCCUGCUGGCCCGCCAGUGCCGCAUCUACGAGCUGCGCAACAAGGAGCGCAUCUCGGUGGCGGCGGCCUCCAAGCUGCUGGCCAACAUGGUGUACCAGUACAAGGGCAUGGGGCUCAGCAUGGGAACCAUGGUGUGCGGCUGGGACAAGAGAGGGCCAGGCCUGUACUACGUCGACUCCGAGGGCAACCGGGUGUGCGGCGACCUGUUCGCCGUGGGCUCGGGCUCCAUGUACGCCUACGGGGUGAUCGACAGCGGCCUGCGGCAGGACAUGUCGGUGGAGGAGGCCUGCGAGCUCGGCCGGCGCGCCAUCUACCAGGCCACGUACCGCGACGCCUACAGCGGCGGGCAGGUGAACCUGUACCACGUGCACAGCGACGGCUGGACCCGGGUCUCCGAGGAGGACGUGCUCAUGCUGCACCAGCGGUACAAGGGCCCGGCGUAGUGCCGGAGGUCACCCCGGGGACCAGGAAGUAGGAGGCGUAGGAGUUUAUACCGAUGUUGAGGACGUUCUGAAAUGGGUUUGUCACGUGAAUAAUAAAAUUUCCACAAAAAAAGACUCAA